GGCAACAAAGGAAGAAUAGCUAAAAACAGACUGAAUGGGAUGGAAAAGCAUGAAUUCCCAUCUCGGGGAUGAUCUUUUCAUUGACGUGUGCAAAAGGGGUAGCUAGAUGGCGCAGUGGAUAGAGCACCAGCUCUGAAGUCAGAAGGACCUGAGUUCAAAUUUGGCUUCAGAUACUUAACUCUUCGUAGCUGGGUGACCCUGGGGACAUGGUUCUUCCUGAAGGAUCUGUGUUUGUUAUUCCAAACACAAUCAGAAAGCUUCUUUAACCAGAAUGGCGUGCGUGUUUGUAUAUGGUACCCUUAAAAAAGGCCAACCCAACCACAGCUUCAUGACCACUUGUACCAAUGGGAUAGCAGAAUUCCAAGGCCGGGGUCGCACAGCAGAUCUAUAUCCUUUGGUGAUUGGAAGCAAACAUAACAUUCCCUAUUUGCUGAAUGUCCCAGGAAAAGGACACCAUGUUACUGGAGAGAUCUAUUCUGUUGAUGACCAGAUGCUGCAAUUCCUUGAUGAAUUUGAAGGCUGCCCAGACACGUAUCAACGCACUCCAGUGAGGAUUGAAAUAUUAGAGUGGGAAGGUAAAAGCAGUGCACCUGAGGAGAGGCCAGCUGUUAACAGCAUUAUGGAAUGCUUUGUGUACAGCACAACUACCUACCCGCCAGAGUGGAUAAAUCUCCCUUACUAUGACAAUUAUGAUUCCUUUGGGAAACACGGCCUUCGUUAUAAUCCACGGGAAAAUAGAUGAAAAAUGGUAAGGAACAUUCGUGAGUAAGAAGAUGAAUAAAACACAUGUUGAUUAUAA